ACUCCCGCCUACUUUUUCACAACUGUGCAGAACUCCCGCUAUAUUUCAUCACUCUGCAAAACUCCGGCUACUCUUCCAUGGCGCCUUGAUUGAUUGAGCUGUUUGUUUCAGUGGAAAGUGAAGAACUGAAGCUAAGCUAAGUGGCCUGAGCACGAAAUUUCAACUCCAUGAACUCUCGCGACCUCACUCUGCUUUCUUCGGCUACCAUUUUCGGUGCCUUAGCAUCCGCACUCGCUUGCCGCUUAUUCUUCUUCUUCAACCAUUCCACUAAGCAAUCUCUCCGAGUCGAUUCAUCUGAUAAAGUUGUCGUUCCGAGAAAUUGCUCUUCCCAGAGCCCUUUUGAUCCCUCAAAACGAAAAGGAUAUUUGUCUUGGGAUGAUUAUUUCAUGGCAAUUGCAUUCUUAUCAGCUGAAAGAUCCAAAGAUCCCAACAGGCAGGUUGGAGCAUGCUUGGUGACUCAAAAUGGUGUAAUUCUUGGCAUUGGUUACAAUGGUUUUCCUAGAGGUUGUUCGGAUGAUAAGCUUCCAUGGGCAAAGAAAUCAAGAAGUGGGGAUCCUUUACAGACAAAGUAUCCUUAUGUCUGUCAUGCUGAAGUCAAUGCUAUUCUAAAUACAAAUCAUGCCUCAGCUGCUGGACAGAAGCUUUAUGUAACCAUGUUCCCUUGCAAUGAGUGCGCCAAGAUUAUUAUUCAGUCAGGUGUCUCCGAAGUGAUAUAUUUUGUUGAGAAAAAGUUAAACGAUGUAAAUGUUGCAUAUAUUGCUUCUCACAAACUACUGUCAAUGGCUGGUGUUAAAGUUAGGAAGCAUCAACCGCAAAUGAACCAGAUUUUAAUCAAUUUCGAGGAGCCCUAAAGCCUAGAUUUUGAGUCCUGGUUCAAGACUGGUAAUCAUUCUCAAUCACGUUUUUAUAUUCUUCUUAAACCAAUCAAGCAAAGCUUGUUGCUUGGUGUAACUAUAAUGUUUCUCUUCUGUGAAAGAACCAGAUUUUACAUGAGCUAGAUGUACAACAAUCCAUAUAAUUGCUUUACUUUUGCAUUUUAUAUGUUAAACCUUGAUGAAAUCUUUGGAUGAAGUCUAGACAGAGGGAACGAUCAUAGUUCUUUGAUUUGAAUAAACUUGUGCAUUCUUUAAUGUAAUUAUCACCAUAGCCAAUGAAAGUAAGGAACUUACGAUUCAAGAUAUCUCAAAAUAGAUAAACAGAUGAUAAAUAUUACUAGUCAAUCUCCUUGACAAAAGUCUUAGUACAUACAAAGUUCAAGUUUCAACCAUAACACUCCUCUCAUUGUCCUUAUUAUCAGGAUAAUUAUAGGUUAUGACAAAUUAGAUAGAAUUCUAGUUUGCCAAAGUAGUUGGUUCACAACUGUCGUGGACACAGGCCAAAACAUCCUUGUACUCCCUGUAAACAGUAAAGGAGUCAUAUACCUCACCAUCUCGACUUUUCUUGUAUUCAAAGAGCAGUGAUGAGUGAUUAAAGGCAGUAAGCUUGACAAAUCCCCAAUCAUAAUCUCUGUAGACACUCCACACCGGAGACAAGCUACUAAACUUGGCCAAACUUUUUCCUCCUCCUCCAGUAACCACAUGAAUUGUUCCGUUUACAACACCACUGAAAUGUGAUUUUUCAUC